AUGUGGCGAACGCUCGUUCUUGUUGGAUGUGUUUUCGAAUGUGCUGCGUUGAUUGCAGCGAUGAGUGUAGAUAAAGAUCAAGUUCCCGAGGCUCGAUAUGCUUCCGCGAUCGAAAUCAGUGACGUUUUGAAUCAUCUCGAUGUUUUACAGAGUAUUGCAACAGUUACGAACGGAAAUCGAGCUGUAAACACCACGGGUUUCAAUCGUACUUUGGAUUACAUCACUGGUUAUCUUGCUGAGAACACAAAUUUCAUCGUGACAAAGCAAUUCUUUUCGCGAGGCAAUUUUAAACUUCUUCGGAAUCCAACACUAGUCUCAGUUACGAAUGGAGUUGUCAAAACACAUACUUAUUCAACAAAUCUGGCUCUUGCAGAAUUCUAUCAUGUACAAUACUCGACAUCGGUUUCUCUACCGAAUAACGUUCCACUUGUUGCUAUUCCAAAUCUAGCCUGCUCAGAGGCUGAUUGGAAUGCAGCACAGCCAUCCGUUGCCAAUCGGGUAGCUAUUGUUAAACGAGGUGAUUGUACGUUUGAGGAGAAAGCUCGCCUUGCUAGUCGAUUCAAAGUCGCAGCACUGUUGAUCUACAACGAUGGACGAGCUUCUGAUGGUACUCGACCUAUCUCGAUCAAUCUCGGUGCAAGUAAUCGUGUACCAGCACUCUUCUUAUCGUACAAUCUUGGUCAAACACUCGUCGCUGCAGUCAAUGAUCCAUCACGAACUGUCAACGUGGGUUUAACAAUCGCUACUGCUCCGCUGGAUUCAGUUGGAAAUAUCUGUGCUGACACACGCACCGGUGACCCAACACAAACCAUUUUAAUCGGUAGUCACAGCGAUAGUGUCACUGCAGGACCAGGUAUCAAUGACAAUGGCAGUGGUAGUGCUGGCAAUCUUGCUCUGGCUGCUGCAUUGUCUCGUCUGAUGCAAACAGAAGGUUACACUCCAUACGCAUAUCGUGUGCGAUUUUGUUGGUGGGGUGCAGAAGAAUUAGGACUUCUCGGUUCUAGUUUUCACGUAUCGGAAGCAAAAAAAUCCACUGUUGUCGGUGAACGCAUUACGGAUUAUCUCGUCAAUAUCAAUUUAGAUAUGAUCGGAUCACCAAACUUUAUUUUCGGUAUUUACGAUGGCAAAACAGCUCCGACAUCCACUCCAGCAGCUGCUAAACCUGGAAGUAACAAAAUGACUACAUUAUUUCAAGAUUGGUUUAGCAAAAAUAGUUUACCGUGGGAUUAUACAAAGUUCGAUGGUCGUAGUGAUUACGGUCCAUUUUUAGCUGCUGGUGUCGCCGCCGGCGGUCUUUUCUCGGGUGCAGAUGGAGCGAAGACAGUUGAGCAACGUAAUCGAUACGAGGCUAUGCUUGGUCCAGGCCUCGGUGGAACUUCCGGUAUUCGACUUGACGUAUGCUAUCACAAAGCUUGUGAUAAAACGACGAAUAUCAACAAAUUUGCUCUGGAGAAAAUGGUUCAAGCAAGUGCUUAUGCUAUUGAAAGUCUCGGUCAACAAUCUAAUCUGAAAGAAUGGUUAUAUCCAACGAGAGAAAUACAACAGUUUGAAAAACAAUCAUUACCAUUGAAGUACGAAUACAAUCCCAUCAAUGAAUACUUUGGAAUGCCUUACAAUUGA